AGACAUUCGGUCAUAGGAGUGGUGGAGGGGGGCGCUCGAGCCACGUCGGUGAAACAAAUCAACGCUUGAAGGCAGAUUACAAAGAGGGUCCCUGCUGCUCAACCAGGAGCAGGAGAUCCAAGGCAAUGUCCACACCGGAUCCCCCCUUGGGAGGCACCCCUCGCCCAGGCCCCUCACCCGGUCCGGGUCCCUCUCCUGGGGCUAUGCUGGGCCCCAGCCCUGGGCCUUCUCCAGGCUCCUCUCACAGUAUGAUGGGCCCCAGCCCAGGUCCACCCUCCUCUGGACACCCACAGCCUGGCCCCUCAGGAUACGGCCAGGACAACAUGCACCCUUUGCACAAACCCAUGGAGGCCAUGCACGACAAAAGCAUGAGCGAGGAGAGCCGCUUCAGUCAGAUGAAGGGACUGUCUAUGAGACAGGGUGGGCACAGUGGUAUGGGCCCCCCACCCAGUCCUCUGGACCAACACUCACAAGGCUACCACUCUCCAUUAGGGGGCUCUGACCACUCCAGCCCUGUCCCUUCAAAUGGUCCUCCCUCUGGUCCUCUUAUGCCAUCAUCCUCUUCUUCCUCCUCCUCUGGCGGUCCUGGUUCCAUCCCUACUCCUUUAGAUGGCUCCGGUGGAGAUCAACACACACUGGGUUCUAAUAACCGCCCUGGCCCUCCAGGUAGUUCCGGGCCAGGCCCCAGCCCUGGGCCAAGUCUUGGCCCCAGUGUUCCCAGCCUUGGAUCUGGCCUUGAAUCUAGUGGCCUUACUGGUCCUGGCGGCCCUGGUGGCCCAACUCCCUUCAACCAGAACCAGCUCCACCAACUCCGAGCCCAGAUCAUGGCCUAUAAGAUGCUGGCUCGGGGGCAGCCCCUGCCAGACCACCUCCAGAUGGCUGUUCAAGGAAAGAGGCCAAUGACUGGGAUGCAGCAGCCUAUGCCCAACCUGGCUCCUGGGGCUGGAGGUGGACCAGCAGGACCAGGACCAGGAGCAGGACCUGGGCCAAUGGGUUCAGGUUAUAGCCGCGUUCAUGGUAUGAUGGGUCCCAACAUGCCUCCACCAGGCCCAUCAGGGACCCCAGCUGGGAUGCAGGGACAAAACCCAAACGGGCCUCCCAAGUCCUGGCCUGAAGGUCCCGUGGUGAAUGCAGCAGCGCCCUCAAACGCACCCCAGAAGUUGAUCCCCCCUCAGCCUACUGGCCGCCCCUCACCUGCACCCCCUUCGGUUCCCCCUGCUGCCUCCCCGGUAAUGCCUCCGCAGACUCAGUCCCCCGGCCAGUCAGCACAGCCUACUCCCAUGAUGCCUUACCACACUAAGCAGAACCGUAUUACCCCCAUUCAGAAACCCUGCGGCCUCGACCCGGUGGAGAUACUGCAGGAAAGGGAGUACAGGUUACAGGCUCGUAUCACCCAUCGUAUUGCUGAACUGGAGAACCUGCCAGGUUCUCUCGCUGGCGAUUUACGUACCAAAGCGACGAUAGAACUCAAAGCCCUUCGUUUACUUAACUUCCAGAGGCAGCUGCGUCAAGAGGUUGUGGUGUGUAUGCGUCGUGACACAGCCCUAGAGACUGCCCUCGACGCCAAGGCCUACAAACGCAGCAAGCGUCAGUCUCUGCGGGAGGCCCGCAUCACAGAGAAACUGGAAAAACAGCAGAAGAUUGAGCAAGAGCGCAAACGCAGGCAGAAACAUCAGGAGUACCUCAACAGCAUCCUCCAGCACGCCAAAGACUUUAAAGAAUACCACCGUUCCAUCACAGGCAAAAUUCAGAAGCUGACCAAAGCCGUGGCUACCUACCACGCCAACACUGAGCGGGAGCAGAAGAAGGAAAAUGAGCGUAUUGAGAAAGAGAGGAUGAGGAGGCUUAUGGCUGAGGAUGAGGAGGGCUAUCGUAAACUGAUUGACCAGAAGAAGGAUAAGCGUCUGGCUUACCUGCUGCAGCAAACUGACGAGUAUGUUGCCAACCUCACCGAGCUGGUCAGAGCUCACAAAGCUGCGCAGGCCCUCAAAGAGAAGAAGAAGAAGAAGAAGAAAAAGAAGAAGUUGGAGAAUGCUGAGGGUCAGACUCCUGCACUGGGCCCUGAUGGCGAGCCUCUGGAUGAGACAAGUCAGAUGAGUGACCUGCCUGUGAAGGUCAUCCACGUGGACAGUGGAAACAUCCUAACAGGGGUAGACGCUCCUAAAGCUGGACAGCUGGAGACCUGGCUGGAGAUGAACCCUGGUUAUGAGGUGGCUCCUCGCUCGGACAGUGAAGACAGCGGGGAGGAGGAAGAGGAGGAGGAAGAAGAGGAGGAGCCACAGCCAUCAGCUGCUCCAGUAGAUGAAAAGAAGAAGAUUACAGAUCCUGACAGUGAAGAUGUGUCAGAGGUGGAUGUGCGACACAUCAUCGAAAAUGCUAAGCAGGAUGUGGAUGACGAGUACAGUGGUGCAGCGUUUGCCCGAGGGCUCCAGUCUUAUUACUCAGUGGCUCACGCUGUCACAGAAAAAGUGGAGAAACAGUCCACUUUGUUGAUAAAUGGACAACUCAAACAGUAUCAGAUUAAAGGUCUGGAGUGGCUGGUUUCCCUCUACAACAACAACCUGAACGGGAUCCUGGCAGAUGAGAUGGGUCUGGGAAAAACCAUCCAGACCAUCGCCCUCAUCACAUACCUCAUGGAGCACAAACGGCUCAAUGGACCCUACCUCAUCAUUGUACCACUAUCAACUCUAACUAACUGGGUGUAUGAGUUUGACAAGUGGGCACCGACAGUCGUCAAAGUUGCCUACAAGGGGUCUCCUGCUGCCAGAAGAGCGUUUGUUCCCCAACUGCGCAGUGGGAAGUUUAACGUUUUAAUUACCACCUACGAGUACAUCAUCAAGGAUAAACAAGUAUUGGCCAAGAUCCGUUGGAAAUACAUGAUUGUGGAUGAGGGCCACCGUAUGAAGAACCACCACUGUAAACUGACCCAGGUCCUGAACACCCACUACCUGGCCCCACGGCGAGUCCUGCUGACAGGGACGCCGCUGCAGAACAAACUGCCUGAGCUCUGGGCGCUGCUCAACUUCCUCCUGCCCACCAUCUUCAAGAGCUGCAGCACAUUUGAGCAGUGGUUCAACGCUCCUUUCGCCAUGACUGGAGAGAAGGUGGACCUGAAUGAAGAGGAGACCAUCUUGAUAAUCCGCCGUCUUCACAAAGUGCUCCGUCCCUUCCUGUUACGAAGAUUAAAGAAGGAAGUGGAGGCCCAGCUUCCAGAAAAGGUUGAGUAUGUGAUCAAAUGCGACAUGUCGUCUCUUCAGAGGGUGCUGUACAGACACAUGCAGGCCAAGGGGGUCCUGCUGACGGAUGGCUCAGAGAAGGACAAGAAGGGUAAAGGUGGCACGAAGACACUGAUGAACACCAUCAUGCAGCUGAGAAAGAUCUGUAACCACCCCUACAUGUUCCAGCAGAUAGAGGAAUCCUUCUCUGAACAUUUAGGGUUCUCUGGUGGGAUAGUCCAGGGUCCUGAUCUGUAUCGGGCAUCAGGAAAGUUUGAGGUGUUGGAUCGAAUUCUGCCCAAGCUGAGAGCUACAAACCACAAAGUGCUGCUCUUCUGUCAGAUGACCUCGCUCAUGACCAUAAUGGAGGACUACUUUGCCUACCGCAACUUCAAGUACCUGCGGUUGGAUGGCACCACAAAGUCUGAAGACAGAGGAAUGUUGCUAAAGACGUUCAAUGACCCAGAGUCAGAGUACUUUAUCUUCCUUCUGAGCACAAGAGCCGGAGGCCUCGGUCUCAACCUGCAGUCUGCCGACACCGUGGUCAUCUUUGACUCUGACUGGAAUCCACACCAGGACCUACAGGCUCAAGACAGAGCCCACCGUAUAGGUCAACAGAAUGAGGUGCGUGUACUGCGGCUCUGUACAGUCAACAGUGUGGAGGAGAAAAUCCUGGCUGCCGCCAAGUACAAACUGAACGUGGACCAAAAGGUCAUCCAGGCCGGCAUGUUCGAUCAGAAGUCUUCCAGCCACGAGCGCAGGGCCUUCUUGCAGGCCAUCCUGGAGCACGAGGAGCAAGAUGAGGUCUGGGAUCAAGAAGUGUGCCUACGCAUGAAUGAGGAGGAUGAGGUGCCAGAUGAUGAGACGGUCAACCAGAUGAUUGCCAGAAGUGAGGAAGAGUUUGAGCAGUUCAUGCGUAUGGAUCUGGACCGACGCCGUGAAGAGGCCCGUAACCCACGACGAAAACCUCGUCUGAUGGAGGAGGAUGAGCUGCCCACUUGGAUCAUGAAGGAUGAUGCGGAGGUUGAGCAGCUGACCUGUGAAGAAGAGGAGGAGAAAAUGUUUGGGCGAGGUUCUCGGCAGAGGAAGGAGGUAGACUACAGCGACUCCCUGACUGAGAAGCAGUGGCUCAAGGCAAUAGAGGAGGGCACCCUGGAGGAGAUGGAGGAAGAGGUACGUCACAAAAAGACGACGCGCAAGAGGAAGAGGGACCGUGACCUGGAUCUCCCGGGUCCCUCCUCCUCUUCGGGGGGGCGAGGAAGAGGGGACAAAGAUGAUGAUGGCAAGCGGCAGAGAAAGAGGGGCCGACCACCUGCUGAGAAACUCUCCCCCAACCCCCCUGCCCUCACAAAGAAGAUGAAGAAGAUAGUGGACGCGGUCAUCAAGUAUAAAGACAGUGCCAGUGGGCGUCAGCUGAGUGAGGUGUUCAUCCAGCUGCCGUCUCGAAAGGAGCUGCCAGAGUACUAUGAGCUGAUUCGCAAGCCUGUGGACUUCAGGAAGAUCAAGGAGAGAAUUCGAAGUCAUCGCUACCGCAGUCUGGGUGACCUGGAGAGAGACGUCAUGCUGCUCUUCCAAAAUGCUCAGACCUUCAACCUGGAGGGGUCAAUGAUAUAUGAGGACUCCAUCGUGCUCCAGUCGGUGUUCACCAGUUUGAGGCAGAAGAUCGAGAAGGAGGAGGAAAGCGAGGGAGAGGAGAGCGAAGACGAGGAAGAAGAGCAGGACGAAGGAUCAGAGUCCGAAUCUCGCUCAGUGAAGGUGAAGAUCCGUCUGGGCAGGAAGGAUAAAGCUGGAGAUCGGGGAAAGGGACGCAGCAGACGAACAGGGCGCACCAGAGCCAAACCCGUCGUCAGUGAUGACGACUCCGAGGAUGAGCAGGAAGAGGAGCGCUCCCUCAGUGCUACUGAUGAAGAGUCCUGAACUGUACUCUGAUGUGUAAGAAAAGGAAGUUUAAAGGGAUGUUUCACCAACUAACUGAGCAUCACACACAGUAAAUAAAAUGAACCCCUGUCAGCUCCAUCCACCCUCAGUCAAAUGGCAGAGAACUACAACAGGAGGAGGUUUGCAAAACUGCAGUAUCACCUGGAAGCAGUAAUAUCAUAAUCAGAUGUCAUAAAAUGCACAAGUUAAUUAGGCUAUGCACAUCACUGCAGUCAAUGAUUUCUUCGUCUCUGCUGGGACUCAGUUGGACACCAAGGGAUGAAAUGAGCUUUUUAUCUUUGUGUGCAAGUUCAAGAGCAUGUUAGUGAGAACAGCGUCUGUGUGCAGCUGUCAGUGAACUACUUGAAUGAACCUAGUGACAGUCUGCUCUGUUUACAUGUAUAAAGAGAGAGAGUCGCUUAGACAAACAUAACUGAUGAGCAUUAAAAUGCAGGAGUUCACAUUAUAUUGCAGCAACCUAGAACAAACAUGCUGCACAUGAUUUUACUGAUCCUUUUUCAUUAUCUAAAAAAUGUUGAUCCUAACUUUGAACUAGACAACUGUGCUAUUAAAUUUUCAUCAUCAGCCUUUACUUACUGGAAGCACUUCUUCAGCUCAACUUAGAAAAUAUACUUCAAAAUCCCUGAGCUGGGUGUAGCUGCUAAUUUAUGGAACUAACUGAAACAAUUGCAACAUUUGACUUACAGUCCCCCUACGAUAAGCAUUAUACAGACAUUAAUAAAUGGUUUAUAACUUACUAUACUGUAGCUCCAAGCAAAAGGGACAUUUUCAAGUGUUUAUUUAGGUACAGUAUUUGUCAACACUUGUAGCUUCACUUACAGAGACAUAUUUUAUAUUAUCAAAACAGUUUUAUGAAAUUGUCUUUCAUUUUUUGUUUAUAAACCAUAUGGGUGUCUGCAGGAGGAGUUAUAGUUCUUGACAAAUACAUUAAUAAACGCUUCAUAUCUGGUUGCAGCUGCAUUAUAAUGUGUUAUAAACACUUAGUAAAUGUGACCUUACCUCAUGUCUGGACAUAAACCAACUGGAUGUUUCACCUCUGCUUCACAGUGGCGAUGUGUUGUAACAGCAGUUGACCCACUCUGGAGCCACUGUGAUUACCAACGUGUGUGUACAUCACACAGUUCACUCAUAUGUCAUAUUUGUGACCGGGGCUCACUUUUUGACUUGGAAACCCAGGCUGCUGGGUGUUUCCAGACUCCUAAGAUGCUCUGUAGUAACUGACCACAGUUAUUUGACUGAGGUUUAAUGGAGCCGAGUCCAGGUCACGCCCCAGUAUUGUAUAUACGGUACAGUAUCAAAACAACCUGCUGCUGCUUACCUGUUACACUUCCAGUAUAAGCACUUGUAACUGUUGAUUGUAGACAUAAAGAAUCAUGAGGUUGUAUUUCAUCAAUGAGUACUGUAAUUUUAAUUGAUUCUCUUUUAGUUGUUGUGUGGUGGUUUUAGGGUUUAAGAACCAUGUGAUGUGUUUUGGCACUCUUUAUGUUUUUUAUUUUAACACAAAGGACCAGAGGCUCUUCUCUGCUUGUGAAUGUCUGAUGGCUGUGUGGUGUUGGACAUACUGUAAAGGGGUUUUUUAGAGUGUAAUGUCAAUGCACGUGUGUACAGCUCGCAAGUUCAGUACUGUACUUUUCUCAUUAUGCUUGGUUUACUAGAGUUAAGAAGACACAGCCAAAGUAUCAGUGUUUUCUCCACUAAAUUAUUAAGAUCUG